CGCGUUUGGCGCUGCCGUGGAUGUGGGCGAUGCUGAUCGUCCAUUGGAUCUCGGCUCUGGGGCAAACCCACUGGAUUUCUGAAUGGAGCCAGUUGAGGUCUGACAGAUGAGCAGCGCUAGGGACAGAAACGCCGAGCUGCUGGUCAAGAGCUGUCGGCAAGUUCACAGGCGGGCGUAGGUCGGACAUUUCGGGGAGUUCGCGCGCCUUAACCCUGCUCUUGGAGACCUUCUCAAGACGUAUGUGCAUGGCGAUCAGAUACAGCUAACGCUCUCUGGAUACUAUUUUUGUACAUUUCAGCAAAAGAAGAAGCGUUUCAAAGGUCCAGCAUUCAGAGCCAAAGGAAAUGGAUGCGUCAAAAUAUAUUUUUAUUUUAACUUUGAACUACUGCUUGUCCAAUACCGUGCAGUCUCUGCAGAUGUGUGACGUCGUGAUUGAAAUCGAAAAAGAGAGAAACCGGUGCCAGGAAGAUUCAGAGUCGGAGAACGUCACCUUAGGCUGCAAGGGCAUGUGGGACGUCGUCACCUGCUGGCCCCCUGCCCUCGUUGGGGAGGUGGUUACCAUUCCCUGUCCGGAUUACUUCAGCUACUUCAAUGACGAGCAUAAGGGCAAUCUCUCGAAAACAUGCACAGCGAACGGCUGGACAGAGAUGCACCCAGUGACGUACGCUGUGAAUUGCGGGUACAACCUGAACGACUCUGUAGAAGACGGCGCGGGGAAUUUCUUCUGGUCAGUGAAGAUCGGCUACACCGUUGGCCACAGCGUCUCUCUGGUCUCGCUGACGGCAGCCCUCAUCAUACUGUGCAUCUUCCGAAAGCUGCACUGCACGAGGAACUACAUCCACAUGCACCUGUUCGUGUCCUUCAUCCUGAAGGCCGUCGCCGUCUUCAUCAAAGACGUGGUUCUCUACGACGUUGGGGAGACGGAGAAGUGUCACUCUGAAUCCGUGGGCUGCAAAGCCGUGAUGGUCUUCUUCCAGUACGGCAUAAUGGCCAGUUACUUCUGGCUCUUGGUCGAAGGCCUUUAUCUCCAUGCUCUUCUGGCAGUGUCUUUCUUCUCUGAGAGGAAGUACUUUUGGGCGUAUAUUCUGAUUGGCUGGGGAGGCCCGACACUUUUUAUCACAGCAUGGAGUGUCACGAAGGCUUACUUUAAUGAUGUUGGAUGCUGGGAUAUCAUUGAAUCUACUGACCAUUUCUGGUUGAUAAUUAAAACACCGAUUUUAGCAUCAAUUCUGAUGAACUUCUUUCUGUUCAUCUGCAUCAUCCGCAUCCUUCGGCAGAAGAUCAACUGUCCAGAUAUAGGGCGAAAUGAAUCCAACCAGUAUUCGAGGUUAGCAAAAUCAACGCUGCUGCUGAUACCUCUGUUCGGAAUUAACUACAUAGUCUUUGCCUUCAUCCCUGAGGACUUGAAUACGGACAUAAGGAUGGUGUUUGAUCUGAUUCUCGGAUCAUUUCAGGGGUUUGGAGUUGCUGUCCUUUAUUGUUUCCUAAAUGGAGAGGUGCAGGCGGAGAUCAAGCGAAAGUGGAGAAGAUGGCAUCUGGAACGGUUCCUAGACUCCGACAUGAAAUACCAGCAGCCGUCAAUGGGCAGCAACGGCAACAACUUCAGCACACAGAUCACCAUCUUCACCAAGUGCAGCCCCACCACACGACGGGCAUCCGCGUACCGCGAUGAAUCUUCCACUAUCUAAUCCUGAAGUCCCCCCUCUCAGCCUGGCCCCGUAAACAUCUCCCUAUGGGUCAUGACCACCCUAGCUUGGAUAAUUCAUGCUUUGUUCAGGAAAGCCAAUGGGUAAGGAGUGUGACCUUCUGGGAGAUCGUUUGUUAUUGGUCACAAGAAACGGUGCUUCGUGGUUGAUGACAGAGGUCAGAGGUCGAAGGUCAGUGUUGAUCACGGUUGUCACAAGUUUGGUAGGUGUACAGUACACAUAGGCUGUUCCAGUCACAGUAAUUUUGCACCAUGUGGACUUUUGUUACAAAUAUGCAUCCAUACAUCCAUCCAUCCAUCUUCAGACCAUUUCACCUGGUGAGGGUCAUGAUAGUUUUGAUGGUGUUCAUUUAAAAAAGAGGAAACCCAAACAAAAAUAGGGGUCAACACUUUUUUAGCACGACAAGCUUCUUCCUAAGGAAAAUUAGGUAGGUAAAAGCAACAAGUUGGUCACUAGGAAUUUUGGUCUUUGUGUGUUUGAUGGAAAUCCUACCUUUCGUAAUAUUCUUUUAUAAGGAAAAUAAAUAUCUCGUUAUAAAUGGUGGACCAGUCAUUUCAAAAAGAUAUCUAUAUUUUUCCAAAACAAACAUUUCACUGAAAUUUUUUUGUACGCUCACUUGGUAGCUUUGAAUGUUAUAUUCAGAGGUGUGUGAACUUUGAAAGGUUCCAGCUUUCUAGUGUACAGUACAGACUGACAGUGGUUCCAGUGAAGAAGUGCAUCAUUUGGCUGUCAACUUUCGUCGUGAGUCAUAGUAUCCGUGGUGCGCCAUGCGUUUGUCAUCUCUGUUGUUCCCCUUCUGUCCAUUAUUCACUCUGCUGCAGCCAAAAAUAUUUCAUCGAUAUUCUCAUGCUAAAAAAAAAAAAAACAAAUCUUAGGGCUCCUCCCAACUUCUCUUCACAGUGUAAUAAGCAUGAAAUUCUAAGGGCAAAUUUUGUCAGUUUUAUCACAAGGCGUUUAAGACAGAAUUCAAGUGCGUUAUCAUGCCUUAUCAACAUAUGGAGCAAUAUAGACGAUAAAUCAUACAGAAGGAAAACCUCUCAUGUGUUGAUGCCAAAGAAUUAAAGGGAGGGCCACAGUAGGGGGGUAAUGUUGUGGUAAUGUUAUGGACCAGUUCAGACUUUACCCAUUCCAUAAAUAAUGCAUUUGCACUGAAAUACGAUAAAAUGCAACAUCAAGAAAAAAUAUCAAAUUAGCAUCUGCAGAACAACUGGUCAAUGCAUCCAUUACUGCUAGUUGCUUAUAUUGAUGUCUCUCCCUCCUGAUACUUUGUAAUAUAGCUUAGUAAACGCGGAAUCUACACAAUAUAAUGUAUGUGUUUUCAUAAUGUGUUGAAUGUAUGGAAUUGCAGCUCAGAAUGAAAUACCCAAGACAAAGUGAUGACUAAAGACAGUUUUCAGUUUCUUUGGCUGAAUGGAAAGGUGACGUAUGGACUCAGUAGUCAUUCAAUGAGUCAUUUCGCAGUAACUCAAUAUUGGUUGUCCUGUGCCUUGAUUAUUGGCCAGGAUAUUUCAUCAUCUGACCUUGUGUGAUGUAUAGUACACAUUAUAUUUGUAUCUUGUGCAUGAUGUCAACCAAGUUGUGUUUUUGGUGAACUUCAGUGUCGUUGUUGAGUAAUCGAUGUAUAUGUUUAACUUGAAUGCAACACUAGGUAAAGCUUUGACAAACCAUUCGAGUCCAGCAUCUUGUACAGAUGAAACAGUCAUUAUGUACGCAUCACUUGUCGCGUAUUUUGAAUACAGCAAUAUUGUGUUGACGUGUCAUUGAACCAUAGCAGUAGCAAUGCAAUUAUACAGCAUGCUUAAAACGCAAUGCCCUUUGCUGCACUAUACGCUCAGAGACAAAGUUGGACACUUCCUCUAGUUUUCCAGGUGUCACACCUUAGACAGUCAAGGCGCCACUGAGGAUGGAUUCCUUAAGAGAAAGGCUUUUGCGGGCAGGUACAGUACCCAUCUGUGUUGAACAGUAAUGUGUAGCAAUAACAUACAGUGUUUACACAGAGGUGAGGUGGAAGAUCUCUGUUCAGACGGAUCAAAGGGGUCACCCCAGGUUCAUUACUGUCUACCAUCGUACCUGCCCUAACGUGGCUGUUUCCCAGCUUUCUUGCUGAUUGCAAUCAAACAUUAUAGAUAAAAUAGAAAUAACUACUUCAGAUUAAACUUACGUGCUUUUGUAACCUAUUAAUUUCAUUCCACAGGUACUACAGUAGACCUACAGUAUCACUGUUACCGAUUUUAUCAAAAACGUAUUUACUAUGAAACAAAUGCCCCAAAACACGUUUCAAUAUUGCUGAUGAAAUUUUACACUUGUGUGUAAUUCCUAUUGAAGCCUCUGCCUUUUCUAAUUUUAUAUUUUAAUGUUAAUGGAAAUACCCUUUCAUGACCUUAUUACUGUAAAUACAGUUGAAAUUUGUCAUAAAGAAUGUUUGCUUUACAUGCUCAGAUAUUAUAUUAGGCUGUAGAAUUUCACAUUGUUUUCCAUAAAUAUAUUUUUGUUUCUUUUGUAUUAUAUGUUAAUAAUGUAUAGUAUGAUGCUGUGUAGGAUACAUAUGUAUGAUAACUAUUCUUUCUGACGUUCUUGCAUGGUGUAUUUUGUUUAGUAUCACUUGUUAGGUCCUUUUUUGAAGGUUUAACAGGAAUUGAUACAGAACUGGAUGCUUUAUUUCAAUUCAUCACGUUGAAAUGGUAAUUUCAUUACCAUGUCAUUCUGUACAGCUUUCUAGAUAAAUUAUUCACCACUGAUUUCCAGUCUAUUACCUCCCUCCCCCUUUUGUAAAUAUGUUUUGUAAAUAUUUUGAAAUCUCUGAAUGCGAUGUGCAUUUCCCAUUCCUGUAAAUACCCGCAGUGUUUACCACUGGAUCUGGUGCAGUCGAAACAUUUGUACAGUCAAAUUUACGGUGGGCUGUCCGAUCCUAUACUAAUCAACUGAAAUAAAUGUUCUCAAUAUGUA